AUGGCGGAACCUGCGGCCGAGGAGAGGCGCUACGACGACAUGCUGCGGAUGCUGUCGGACCUCAACAAGGACCUGGAGAAGCUGCUGGAAGAGAUGGAGAAGAUCUCAGGGUGGCGCUCAGGCCGCAGCGGGGACAGCCUGGGGCUGGGCCCAGCCCUGGGCCCUGGUCCAGCUGCCCCGGCUCAGGCCCGGGAGGCUCCUCCCCGCCUGUGUUGUGCCAGUAACGCCCGAGCCCCCUGUGGCUGCGCCCAGACCGUGACGCCUCGGGGGCACCCUGCUGCCUCCGUGCUGGGGGCUGUGGGCACUCGGGGCGCCCCCACCACCACGGAGCCGCCGGGGCCCGCAACAGGGCCGUGGUUCCGUGGCCGGGCCACCGGCUGCGAGACCCUGUCGGCAGCCCGGGAGGGGGCCCCGGGCACGGCGGCCGGCCAGUGCUGGACCCCGGCGGGGACAGUGCGGGAUGGCGGCGGCUCGGAGCCCGCUCGCUCGGCCCGCGCAGCCCCCGCCCAGGAUCGCCGACACCCGAGCCAGACCACCGCGGCCCCCCGCGCGAAGAAGGGGGGCGCGGCGCCCACCGCUCUCAGCCAGCCUUUGGGAACGCCGCGCACCCCAGCCCUCGGGUCCGAACGCCGCGCUGCCCUCGGGACGGGGGGCGCGGCGCCCACCGCCGUGCCUCAGGCCAAGGGCACGCGCGCCCAGCCCGGGCCUCCGGUGUCGCAGCCCUCGGGUGCCCACGGCCUCUGCUGGGCGACAGCCAGAGGGAAGCCGGCCCGCCUGAAGGUGGACCCCAGCGGGGGGCCCGAGGCCGUGCGCCGGCACGGUCAGCGCCACCGUGGUCGUGGUCGAAGCGCCAGGACGCGGAGGCUGCCCUCGUGCGGCCCGGGGCCCGGCCACCUGGUCCCCGCUCGCAUGACCGUGCGCGGCCCCGACGGCUCCCCCGCCUUCUCCAUCUACGGCCGCCCGCGCCACGCCGCGCCGUUCCUCACUCCGGGACCCGGCAGGUACUUCCCGGAGCGAGCGGGUCACGUGGCGUACCCCAGCGCGCCGCGGCACACCAUAGCUCCCCGAAACUGGGGCGUCCACGGGGAGCAGCAGAGCCCAGGCCCGGCGUCCUACUCGGUGCCCUCGCUCCUGGGCCCCCGCGUCGUCGGUAAAGUCUCGGCCCCGACGUACUCCAUCUGCGGCCGCCGCUCAGUGGGCAGCUUCCUCGAGGACCUGAGCAAGACCCCGGGCCCCUGCGCCUACCACGUGGUGAACCCCGGGACCUACAAGUCUCGAGCCCCGCAGUUCACGAUGCUGGCGCGGACUUCGCUUCCCCAGGACAACACCCAGAAGCCGGGGCCCGCGGCCUACAACGUGGACCAGCACCGGAAGCCUCGCGGCUGGACCUUCGGGAUCAGGCACUCGGACUACCUGGCCCCCAUGUUGACCGACGCGGACAACUGA